GCGAAUGUUAUUAUGAUGUGCGACGCCGGCGCGUUCCGUGGUUGGCUGCUUCUACCUCUCAUCCAAAUUUCAAAGUCAGGUGCUAAGCGGGAAAAGGAAACAAAACUUCGUAAGAAACUCAAAUCGUCUGUUCUAAGGAAUAUAAACAUUUCGCGAACAUCGAAGCUAAGAAUAUAAACAUUUUGCAAACAUCGAAGCAACCUCCAGCAUUUUGAUUUUUAAGCCACUGCGACUACGCGGACGCUCCCAUUAAAAACUUAUCAACAAAUCCAGAAACAACAAAUCCAGAAAGCCUACGACGCAAUUGCUGCAGAAAUGGCGGACAAUGAGAAUCCCCUCAGUCUCAAUCAGCGUCAUACUCGUCUUCUCCAAGACCUCCCAGCUUCUCACCAUCGAACAACAUCCAAUCUCCCUCCCACUGGGCAAGAGAAGCCCACGAAGCUCAAGUUGAAAGGUAGACGUCGUCUCUGCAAAGCCUUCUCGAGCGAUACACAUGCCAGCGACGAUAAUGGCGUGCCGCAAUUUUCUGGAAUCGCUGAUUUCGAUUCUCCUCCUGAUGAACAAAAGCGAGAAAAGGUGAAGAUUGAAGGUCGACGUCGCCUUUGCAAAGAGUCGUCUAGUGACGGCAAUGAUGAUUCUGGGCCCAAAUUUUCUGAAAUUGCUGAUUUUGAUUCACCUCCGGUCGUGAAAAAAGUAAACGAGGGUGAUGGUGGUGGUGGAAACGAGAUUAGGGAUAUUCUCAAUGACCUGAAUUCGAGGCUUGAAUUAUUGUCGAUCGAGAAGAAGAUAAUACCUAAAAGAGUUAAUGAUUUGGAGGGGUUUGGGGAUGAAGUGAUUGAUCGACAGGAGAAUGUUGACUUGCCCAAGCAAGCGAGCGCCACUUCUUCGUUUUCAAUGAAAGCUGACCAGUCCAAUCGCUUGUUGGACAUUGCUAGUCAGUUAGAAAUAGGAAGUCGUCUGGGGACAAAGGUAGAUGGCUAUGAUAGGGAGGAUGAUUUGCCCAGUGAGUCUGAGGAUGAUAGGUUUGUUAUGGUUAACAGAGUUAAUAUUCCUAGUCAAGGAGCGAACACAAAUGAAUCUUGGAGGGUUGAUGGGAAGAGUGAGACUCUGAGACAGUCUUUAGUUUCAAAUGAUGGGGAAGAACAAGAGGACGGAAACAGUGAUGAUUGCGUGCUUUUGAGCUGUAAAGGAUUAGAUAAGAAAGCAGAGAGGCAGGGUCGUAAGUUCAAAGAAGACGAGGCAGAUCCAAAUGGAGUUGAUGCAUUGGAUGGCGAUUAUGCAGAUGAUACCGUUUUGGAGGAUCCAUAUUCUAUUACUCUGAGCAGCCCAAAAUAUACAUAUAAUUUGCCUGGUAAAAUAGCAGAAAUGUUGUAUCCCCAUCAGCGUGAUGGCUUGAAGUGGCUAUGGUCUUUGCAUUGUCAGGGUAAGGGUGGGAUCCUGGGGGAUGACAUGGGUUUGGGAAAAACUAUGCAGGUUUGUAGCUUUCUAGCUGGGCUGUUUCAUUCAUGCUUGAUUAAGAGAGCAUUGGUUGUAGCGCCUAAAACACUGCUUUCUCAUUGGAUCAAAGAGUUAUCAGCAGUUGGCCUUUCUGAGAAGACAAGAGAAUACUUUGGAACUUGUACAAAAACACGGCAAUAUGAGCUCCAGUAUAUACUUCAGGACAAAGGCAUUCUUCUUACCACCUACGAUAUUGUGCGGAACAAUUCAAAAUCUUUACGCGGAGACUCUUACUUUAAAGAUGAGAGAAGUGAGGAUAGCAUUACAUGGGAUUAUAUGAUACUUGAUGAGGGCCAUCUCAUAAAGAAUCCUAGUACCCAAAGGGCCAAGAGUUUGCUGGAUAUUCCUAGUGCUCAUCGCAUUAUUAUAAGUGGAACUCCAAUACAAAACAAUCUUAAGGAAUUGUGGGCCUUGUUCAGCUUCUGUUGCCCUGAGCUUCUGGGUGACAAGCAUUGGUUUAAGGAAAGAUAUGAGGCUGCCAUUCUUCGUGGAAAUGACAAACAUGCUUCUGACCGGGACAAGCGUAUUGGUUCAACAGUUGCAAAGGACUUAAGGGAACGAAUUCAGCCUUAUUUUUUGCGUCGUUUAAAAAAUGAGAUAUUUGGUGAAGAUGAUGCUGCAGGAACUGCCAAGCUUUCUAAAAAGAAUGAGAUCAUUGCAUGGCUAAAAUUAACUAGUUGCCAGCGAAAACUCUAUGAAGCUUUUUUGAAAAGUGAGUUGGUUCUUUCAGCUUUUGACGGCUCCCCACUGGCUGCACUAACGAUUUUGAAAAAAAUUUGUGAUCAUCCACUGCUCUUGACGAGGAGAGCUGCUGAAGAUCUACUCGAAGGAAUGGAGUCUAUGCUAAAUCAGGAAGACCUUGGUGUUGCAGAGAAAUUGGCAAUGUACAUAGCAGAUGUCACUGAGGGAGAGAACUUUCAAGAGAAGCAUGCCAAUGUCUCAUGCAAAAUAUCUUUUAUAUUAUCUUUAUUGGAUAAUUUAAUUUCGGAGGGGCAUAAUGUUCUUAUCUUUUCUCAAACUCGCAAAAUGCUUAAUCUUAUUGAGGAGUCACUAGUGUCUAACGGUUACGAGUUUUUGCGCAUUGAUGGUGCCACAAAAGCUGGUGACAGAGUGAAGAUUGUCAACGAUUUCCAAGAAGGUGUGGGGGCUCCUAUAUUUCUUUUGACAUCUCAAGUUGGUGGUCUUGGUCUCACACUCACCAAGGCAGACCGCGUGAUUGUGGUUGAUCCAGCUUGGAAUCCAAGUACGGACAACCAAAGUGUUGAUCGUGCAUAUCGCAUUGGGCAAAAGAAGGAUGUUGUAGUAUAUAGAUUGAUGACGUGUGGGACUGUUGAAGAAAAGAUUUAUAGAAAACAGAUAUUCAAGGGGGGAUUGUUUAAAACUGCAACUGAGCACAAAGAACAAAUUCGAUACUUCAGCCAGCAGGAUCUUAGGGAGCUUUUCAGCCUCCCCUCACAAGGCUUCGAUGUAUCCCUUACUCAGCAGCAGUUACAUAAAGAGCAUGAUAGCCAAUAUAUAAUGGAUGGCUUUCUGACUGCGCACAUAAAGUUCCUAGAAACUUUGGGAAUAGCAGGAGUUAGUCACCACAGUUUGCUCUUCUCAAAGGCAGCUGCUGCACCAAUUUCAAGGGAGGAAGAGGAAGAGAUAAGGCUAAGAGGAAUUCCAUUUGUCAGGCUACCAUCUUCAAACUCUUCAUCUGAACAUAAUAAUGUUGAUGGGGCUGAGCAUGCAUUCAUUCCGAAGGAUGUAAAACUGCACAGAAAAAGUCCCUCCAGGAAUAGUCCAGGUACAGUAACGGAGUCGGAAAUUCAAUCGAAAAUCAGUCGGAUGACUCAAAUUUUUGCAGACAAGGUGAUUGUCUCGAAAUUACCAGAUAAGGGAAAGAGAAUUCAAACGCAGAUUGUUGAACUAACUUCAGAGCUUGAGAGGAUUAAGUUGGAAAAGAACUCUGAGAAAGAAGUCAUUGAUUUGGAUGAUGUGAAUGGGGAAGUUUAAUUCAAUUGGUAUGAUGGUAUCGAAUGCAAAGUUGUUGAUCAGACAAUUAUUGUGCUUGAAGAGGCACGCGUUGUUGUUUAGACAAACUGGAAGUUCAUAUAUUAUAAAUAAAAAGUUAUUAUUUUGCUUCCAGCA